GUUUUACGGGUUUCAAGUUAAAAGUUUUUAACAGCCACAAGUUCCACUUGCUUGUAUUUUUCCAUACAAGUAUGGAACAGUUAUUGAAGCAAUGGUUUACUAUGACACAAUCCCGGAUUGCACUAGGAGCUGUGAUUUUAUUUUUGAUAGUACACAUUGCUGACGUUUUUGGCUGUAACUCACCCAAGUUCUACAAUGCUAACAGUAGAAAACACAACAACUGGAAGGUGGUACCGAUUGACACCUGCGGAGUGAGAAAGGGUUCGGAGGAGAUCCUAACCCCUAGCGCAAAGGGUGCAGAGUGGAAACAAUAUCCGUGGAUGGCCCUUAUCAACAGCUUUAAUGAAGACGGUAGCAAAGUACGAUGCGGGGGCGCCAUAAUCAGUGACCGGUUCGUGCUAACAGCUGCCCACUGUGUCUCUCUAGGAGCAAAAAUCACAGUCACGCUCGGUGAGCAGAGCUUGCUCAACUCGCUGACUUGCGAUGAUGACGCAUGUUCGUGUUCUGAGCCCUCUGAUCAGCCCGUACACCGGACAUGUGGUGAGAAAGUUAUCAUCCAUCCGGACUACAAGUCAAGGGAGGAUGGACUCCAUCAACAGAACGACAUAGCAUUGAUCCGCUUGCAGAAACACGUUCAUAAAUAUAAUGACACAAGCGCCACUCGCUUAACUCCGAUAUGUCUUCCUGCGUUUGCCAAAGAUACACAGUUCCUGGAACACAAACUUUUGGAAAUUGCCGGAUUGGGAAGACCGCAUUUGACAGAUGAUAUUUCAAACUCUCCUCUACAAACAAUGAGGGUACCAAUGGUCGCCCAAAAAGAUUGUGAAAAUAUAUGGAGCAACGAGCUUGUCAAGGAGAGUCUCUGUCCAGGCGGAGAGACGAACUGCAUGUGGGCAGUGAGCAACAAGUUUAUCUGCACAAAUGGAAUUAAAGAAAUUGGCCUGUGCUCAGGAGAGACCGGCGUGCCUCUGAUGGCCCAAGUACCUCUUGAUAGAAGAGGGGAUGUUUCAAAACUGUUCAUUGUCGGGUUAGCGUCCCAAAUUUCGGGGAAACGCAAACGUUUUUCAUGUCCAGACGUGUUCACGAGGGUUUCCUCGUAUAUGACUUGGAUUUUGGAUACUAUUGGUGAAUAAAGCUGGAAAGGUAA